CUAGCAUUCAACUUCAUUAGACAUCUGUUCAAAAAUUAACUUGAAAAAUGAGCAACGAAGCGGCCAAAGCCCAGAUCGCCCAAGAGAAAAUUGUCGCCCAGUUCCAACAGCUGCGGAAUGAACAAAGAAACCUGGCCAACAGCCUCAAUACGCUGGAAAUGGAUCUGCGCGAACACAAAACUGUGAUAGAAACACUGAAUGCAGUGGACCCCGACCGCAAGUGCUUCCGCCUCAUCGGUGGCGUGCUGUGCGAGCGCACCGUUAAAGACGUCCUGCCUCAGCUCGUGGAAAACAAGGAAUUCAUUGCGAAGACCAUCGCGACUGUCACAGCUGAUCUGAGCAAAAAGGGCGUGGAGCUGAACAAAUUCAAGGAGGAGCACAACAUCAAAAUACGCGGUGAACAAAUAGGCACCGACGCCGCCAAACCGGCGGACACGGAAAACGCCAGCAAAUCCGAAAAUCGCAACGUGCUGGUCUCCUAAUCGAAGCCAAGAAAUAAACACCAAACAGCAGACGAGAUGUACGAGGAGAACGAAGCGUAUUUAUUGUGUCCAUUGAGGUUCUUUGUGCGGCGGCACUACAAUAAUGAAUGCAUUGAUUAUGAUUCUAAUGUUAUAUGUAAUUUUAGCUAUAAGGCGCCGUUACACACGCAAAUGUCAAUCAUCCAGGUCCCAACCCAUCCCACCACCCCACCCUACUCACA